CUGAGAGCUCGUAUUUAUGUUUAGUGUCGGUGGAGGCCGGACUGCUCCGCGGUGAAGCGGCUCGGUUUACCGUCUAAUGUGUGUUUUUUCGCCGCGUUCAGAGUCGCUGCGGCGCGGACAGUCGGAGAGGGAGCGGCCGGUCAGUCCGAACCGGAGCUGAUCGGUGAUCGGUUAUCGAGCCUGUCUGCUCCCUCUGCGGCGCUGCCGUCUGUUAGCCGGUGAUCCGGGACGAUCUGGCGUUAGAAAAGCUCUGUUAGAUCGCGCUGACCGGCUCUCCGGCUCUCCGGUAAAGGCAGUAGCCAUGGCAACUAGGCGCCUGACCGACGCCUUCUUAUUAAUGCGGAACAAUGCGAUCCAAAACCGGCAGAUUUUGGCAGAGCAAGUGAGUACAAAAGAGCCCCGCCGCACUCUGAACACACGUAGCAGUGCUGCGGAGUACGAUGAGUUGGCAGAUGAUCGGAUGGCUCUGGUUUCUGGAAUCAGUUUGGAUCCAGAAGCUGCGAUCGGCGUCACCAAGCGGCUCCCGCCCAAAUGGGUCGAAGGUGUUGACGAGAUUCAGUACGAGAUCACGCGCAUACGGCAGAAGAUGAAGGAGCUCGCCGGCCUCCAUGACAAACACAUGAACCGGCCCACACUGGACGACAGCAGCGAGGAGGAGCACGCCAUCGAGAUCACUACACAGGAGAUCACACAGAUGUUCCACAGGUGUCAGCGGGCAGUGACGGGGCUGCAGUCUCGCUGUGGUCACUGCACUGAGCAGGAGGAGCGUCUCCUCAGGAACGUGGUCUCAUCUCUCGCUCAGAGUCUUCAGGAGCUCUCCACCAGCUUCAGACACACGCAGUCCAGCUAUCUCAAACGAAUGAAGAAUCGAGAAGAAAGGUCCCGACACUUUUUUGACUCUGGUCCUCUGAUGGAGGAGGAUGAAGAUGUAGCUCUGUAUGAUCGGGGGUUUACAGAUGACCAGCUCGCUCUGGUCGAGCAGAACACGGUGAUGGUUGAGGAGCGAGAGAGAGAAAUCAGACAGAUCGUCCAGUCCAUCUCUGACCUCAACGAGAUUUUUAGAGACCUCGCCGGGAUGGUGGUAGAGCAGGGAACUGUCCUGGACAGAAUCGACUUUAACGUGGAGCAGGCCUGCGUCAGGACAGAGGACGGACUGAAGCAGCUGCAGAAGGCUGAACAGUAUCAGAAGAAGAACCGGAAGAUGCUCAUCAUUUUAAUCCUGUUCGUCAUCGUCGUCAUUCUAAUAAUUAUUCUGUUCGCAACAAAGUUUUAGGGACACAUUCCGUGUGUGUGUGUACGUAUGUGUGUGUGUGUGUGUGUGUGCACGUGUGGGUUGGGGGUGGGGGGCCCAGUCUUAAAAAGGUCCUUCGUGUGAGCCAUCUGUUCUGACCUCAGCAGAAAUAAACACAGAAACAGCGUCCCCUGUGGCCUCCAUGUGCAGAGUCUGUCUGAGAGUGACUGUCUAUCAGAAUCCACUUCAUUCUGCCUGAGUGAUGUUUUCAGUCUUGUCUUCUUCAGCUCUCAGUGAGAAUCUUCAUCAUCAUCUUCAUCACUGUUACAGUCCAGUGUUACUAAAUCAGCUCUUGAAGGAAAAGGACGUAUUUCAGACGUUGGAGCUCUGUUUUGUCUCCUUUUGUUCCCAAAAAUGAUCUUAUCAGAAAGAUUCCACUGUUUGUCCUCAACUUCAGCUGUUAUUAACAACAGCAACAACAACAGCAACAGCAACAGCAACAGCAACAACAACAGCAACAGCAACAGCAACAGCAACAACAACAGCAACAACAACAGCAACAGCCGUCCCAGUGCCGGGUUUGUGUCUGAGUGCAGUCGAUGGUUCUGUGUGUAACCGUCUGUGUUUGAUGGGCUUUUUUGUGUUUUUUGUGUUGUAAUUUUUGGACUUUCUGCUCUGUGUGUGCUCCAGUAUUAGACAGACACACAGACAGAUGUGGACACUGCAGAGAAAAGAGAACCUCAUCAAUGGAGGUUAAAGUGGUCACAUGAUCCUCUCACUCAUCAGUUUCCUCUCGUUUUUCCUUCUUUUGUUUCCUUUGAAAAAUCUGAGAGUGAGACGCUCUAAACCAGCGGAACGUUUCAGCGGAACCUUUAAUCACCCUGAACUGUUGAACUGCUGAACUGCUGAGCUCCGUGUAGCACUUUAUAAUCCAGCUUCAUGUUUCAGUCUGUGUCUGUUUUAUCCCCCCCAUUUCUUUAUCCCCCAAAUUUCUUUAUCACUCCCUGUUUCUUCAUGACCUCCUCCCAUUCAUUUGUCUGAUUGAUGAUUUGCUGACCUUCAUCAAGCUGAACUUUCUCUCUGAGCUGAACCUUGACCCCUGACCCCCACUCAGACUUGGCCUGGUCAUGUGACUGUACUACUGUCUCCUGGACAAUAUGAACUAUUAUUAUUAUUUAUUUUAAAUGCGAGAAUGAGUAAAACUGUGAUAGCUGAGAAGACAAAGGUGUCGAGAGUGUGAUUGUGGGGAGAAGCUGAAUUAUAUGCAGUUAUUAUUUACUGAUAAUAUCCAAACCGAACUAUUUUCUCUUUAAAAGGUAUUUUCUGAUCCGGAGGGCGAAUCUGUGCAGCUGUUCUGUAUGACAUUCAGAGUGACAAAUAUUGACAUUUCAUUAUAAUCCACUACAAACACAGCUGUGUCCAUUUUAAGCAGAGCAGUUAUUAAAAAUCAUGUUUGGGGCUAAAA